AUGAUUGAAAAUAACACCUCGAAUAAUCCCAGCAGCAGUAGGAUGCUCUUCUCCAGCCGUGAUAACAACAAUCACCAAACAACGUUGAGGGACAGUACUCAGUCAUUCACAUCUCCAUCACUUCUUUCCCCGGAAACCCAGCAUCAUCACGGUUAUGAUUUAGAAAAUUCAUCCUCCUCACCAUUCUACUACAACGUCAGUAGCAGCAGUGAUCAUCAUCAUCAACAGGAACAAAUGGCCGAGCCUGGCUCCUUCUUAUUGAACUCUUCUGCUUCUGCGGAUCACCACCAUAGACAUCAUCAUGCACCUAACUUGGCUCUUUUAGAUCAUGACGAAUUGCUUCAUGCACCAGAGCUCGACGGAUCAUUUUCCACCCUACUUCAUUCACCUCCACAAAUUGCUGCAAACAUGACCAGCUUUCAUGGAAAGCCGUUCCAUUCAGGCUAUACUGGUCAUGCUUCUGCACAUCAUCAUCACCAUCAUCCUUCUCAGCAUCACCACUCUAACGAAAGUCUUUUUCAAUGCUUGAAUCAAGACAAUUAUAUCGUUGGCCGACCAAUGGUACGAAUUCAUGUAUUUCCGAAUGGUACCCUGCAAUAUGGAAAGAUGAUCUCAUUUGACCCUGUUCAUACAUCAUUCGAGGAAUUAAUAGCAAUGGUUUCUGCAAAAUUUAGAUAUUCACUCAUUUUGAGUAGCAACAAGGAUGGCAUAAGCAAUGCAUCAUCUACGGAUCAGGUUGGAGCUGGAAGUGCUCGAAGUGAAAAAGAAAGCGAUGGAUUACUGCCCAAACUAUUCUCUCUUAGAGGAACUGAAAUUGACAGUACGGAUCAAAUUAUUAAUAACGAUGUUUUUUGCUUUGUGCCACCAACAGAACCAUUCAGACCUCCGAUUAGUUUGGAGAGAGUUUUGCUUAGUAAUUUGGAUUCCUCUCAACCAAAAGCUUAUCAUGUCUAUUCUCAGAACAAUACUGCUCUUUCCUCGUGGAUGGGCAAUGGUAAUAAUAAUAAUGGAACCAACACUUCGAAUGUGCACUCAAGAGUCCCUCAUACACAAAAUCAUCGGGAACGAUCUGUUUCCUCAUCACAACCUUUGUAUCCUGAAGAGGUGACUGUGGGCCCUCCUCCAGUUGCCUCAUCUUCCUCCUCAACAAUGUCUCACAAUAAUAAUCAACAAUAUUUAGCAUCCAACAGCAUGCACAAUAGCCUUAAUGACAACAUUCCAGUUGGAACCAACAAUGCCACUACUACCACCACUACUACAUCAGUAUUAGACAUUGCACCAUUUUCAACUCCAACAAAGAAAGUAAUUUCCUCCAAACUCAUCACACACUCUCCAUCAUCUCCAGUCUUGAGGGCCAAUCCAUCUCCACUUCUUCCUGUACAUAGAGGUUUUCCUGUAAAUAUGGUGGAUCCAAUGAAUUUCGCGACUCCAUUCCAUUUUGCCUCUCCAACUCAUUUUACAAGCAAUACUGUUUCGACACCAAGAGUUAAGAAACAAAUUAUUCGACUCAUUCCCGAUUUAUACUACCAGAUUUUCUCAUUUCUCACACACAAAGAACUUGCUUUAGGUAUUGGCUUGGUGUGCAAAGAAUUUGAACGAGAAUUUGCAAGAAAUGAAAUGUUAUGGAAAGAACUCUGUAUGAACGUGUACAGUUACUAUUUGAAACGUAAAUAUCAGAACAUGACCAAUUCAAAAUCAUCAGAGAGAUAUCCCAGAUUUUUCUCAGGCACUCCACUUCAUGAAAUUAAAUCCAAAUUUAUGAAUGCAUGUGAGAAGCCACCAUGCUAUUACAGAUCUUGGAAAACCUAUUAUCGAUUCUUUAUUAAUUGGGCUCUAAAACUGUGCUGGGACACUUGUGAACGUGGAAAUAACAUCAAAUUCAAGAACAACAAUGCAACUGUUUAUCGUGAGGAUAAUAUUACUUAUCAUUGGCAAACUGUGAGAACGAACUUACCAAUUCGAAUUCCAACAGAAAUGGAGAAGCGUAAAAACGGAUACAUGACCCUUCCUCUUAUAUCAGCGAGUGAUCUUGAAAACGGCGAAGUCGAUAUCAUUACGGACGAUGUUGCAAUCUAUGAGUUUGAAGUUAAGAUAGAAAAAUUCGACAAGUCCAAUGCCAAUGGAUGGUGGAUUGUAGUCGGCCUUGAAACAGAGGCCUUCCCUUAUAAGGAGUCUACCCCUACCAAUCUUAUAGGAUACGACAGACAUGCUGGAUUUGGGUAUGCAGGUGGAAAUGGUGACAAUUUGCAUUUCUAUUCAAAUACCCAUCUCAAACACAAACAACCAUUCACUUGUGAUCCAGUAGUUCAAUGGAAUAAUGUACCUUUCAAUGAGGGUGACAUUGUGAAGGGUCGUAUCAAGUACUAUCUCAAAGCUUUUGAAGACGCAAUUGAUCCCAAAAACAAUAUUGGAUCGACUCUAUCUUGGUACAUUAAUGGUAAAUUUGUUGGAGAAUGUUUCAGAAAUAUCACUGGAACUCUCUUCCCUGCAGUAUCUCUUCUCACCAACCAAUCGGUCACUCUCCGAUGUGUUGAUCCAAUGUUUGAGCUAAUCGCAAGGGAUUUCAAAUAA